AAAAAAUCUUGUCACAUGACUAUACAAAAUGGCUGCGCCCAUGGGCCAGUCUGAUUUACUUGAUAGGUGCUUUGUUAAGGUUGUCAAAUCCCUGAGUGCAGAUCAAAGUACACCAAAAUUGUCUGACACUGAAGUACACACACAAAAUGUAAACAAAGACAAUACCCAUAGUGGUGACCUUGACAACCAACUUGUUCAUCAGAUCAAAGAUAAGGUAGAAUGUCAAGAAGGUCAAGAAGACGAAGAAGAGAACUGUAAUGAGGACUUGGUCCUCAGUCAUCAGGAAGUUAUGAUCAAAGUCCAGAGUACAUUGUCUGAUAUAAUAACGGCAGAUCCACUGUUGUAUGACCUGCCACCUCAGGUGACUUUAGAAGAAAUAAAUUCCUACAUUGCCUUAGAAUACGGACAGGCCAUGAUAGUCAAUGUCAGGAGAGCUGACGAUGAAGUUUUACCUAUUGUUGUUACCCAGAAUGCAACUGUGUUAGAUUUGAAGCAUGCCAUCAAGCGAUAUGUCAACCUCAAACAAGAAAGAGCCAAUGGAAAAUUACAUUUGAGCUGGAGAUAUAUAUGGAAGCGAUUUUGGCUAUACUUUGAUGGAGAGAAACUGACAGAUGACAAAAAAUUACUUAAAGAAUAUGGUAUAAGAAAUAAAGAGGAAGUUACCUUUGUCAAAAGACUAAAAGAAAAAGGGAAACACAGAAGAUGAAUUGUUAUUUUGUUUAGUGACGUGACAACUUACAUGUAUGAAUAGAUAUCAAGAUGUGAAAAACUAAGAUGCUAUUAAGGAGUAGAUGAUGAUGAUAGUACAAAAGCAAGGAAAUGAAAAGAAAACAUUCUGCAAGCAAUAAAGGAUGGAAGAAUGUACUUACUCUUCUCAUGAGUAUUUUGAGAGAAAUUCCUACUGUCAUGGGAUCUUGCAAUAUUGCUAAGAAUUUGAUGACGAGGCUAAAGAUUUGUGUUAUUCUUGAUUGUUGUACUUUUUAUUUGAUUAAUGUUAACAGUAUGUUGUUACAGAUAUAUCAUCUAUUAAGUAUUCACAUAUUUUUACUUUAUAAAGCUUGUGUGCAAUAUUAUUGUGUGAACAU